CAUGUUCGCAGUUUAAAAACUAUGACUUCAGCGGAUCUGUCGAAGGCGUUUCGUGCUGAAAAUCAGGUCUCUGAUGAUGAUGAGGAAGGCAUAAGACGAAAGGAAGACGCAAUUAUUGAACUUGGAAAUGCGUACGCGAAGGAGAAGAAAGCCAAAGAACUAGCCGAUCUUAUCUUGAUUACUCGUCCGUUUUUGCAACAAAUCAGCAAAGCGAAGGCAGGUCGUUUGGUUCGAACGCUUGUUGAUCUAUUCUUGGAUUUGGAAGCUGGGACUGGGCGUGAAAUUGACUUGAUAAAGGAGUGUAUCGAAUGGGCUGGCAAUGAGCGACGGAUAUUUUUGAAACAGGCACUUGAGGCUAGACUAAUGGGUUUGUAUGCUGACAGUGAACGCUAUGUAGAUUCCUUACAACUGGGAAGUGCUUUACUUCGGGAGCUUAAAAAGCUGGACGACAAGAUCCUUCUCGUAGAAGUUCAACUGAUGGAAAGUCAGGUCUACUAUCGGGUUGGCAAUCUUCAGAAGUCUCGAGCUGCCCUAACCUCGUCUCGUACUACUGCCAACAGCAUCUACUGUCCUCCACGUCUUCAAGCCGCUCUUGAUUUACUCUCGGGCAUUCUUCAUGCUGCUGAUGAGCGAGAUUUUAAAACAGCCUACUCGUACUUUUAUGAGGCAUUUGAGAGCUACGACUCCUUCGGUUCCAGCAAAGCCGUUGAUGCCCUAAAGUACAUGUGCUUAGCAAAGAUUAUGGUCAAUUGUCCGGAAGAGGUGCCCGUGAUCCUAUCUUCAAAACUGACUUCUGGUUACAAUCAAAAGCCCAUCGAAGCUAUGCGAGAUGUUGCCAAAGCUGCAAGUGAUCGUUCCCUCGGCGCUUUCUUGAAUUUGAGGGAGGAGUACAAGAACGAGCUGCUAGGUGAUCCUGUGAUUUCACAACAUCUCAAUACUUUCUACGACACCUUGCUUGGUCAGAAUUUAACAAAGCUGAUUGAACCCUAUUCACGUGUACAAAUCGCACACAUUGCCAAGCUUAUAAAUCUACCCUUGGUACGUGAAAAUGUGGAGAAAAAACUCUCCCAAAUGAUUUUGGACAAGCAACUGAAUGGUAUUUUGGAUCAAGGCACAGGAAUGCUUGUUCUCCGCGAUGAACCCUACGAUGGACGCGAUUACAAAGUUGCUUUGGACAUUGUACAUACACUGAGCACUAGUCUGGAUUUGCUCUUUCAGAAAGCCAAGAAGCUUGCAUAG